GGAAUCAUGCGAUAUUUCUAGGAGCUUUCAAAACCAGUACCGUCUGUUACUCUUAAAUUUGUAAUCAUACAUUCAUGUUUACUCGCCAAAGAGCAAACAAGACACGUUAUGCAAAAAUGCCAGCAAACUUCGCCAAACUUUUGAGGUCAGAGUUAAUACUAGCACUGAUUUAACACUCAAACAUUACAAAACCUCGCUAUCACAAGUAUGCACGAAAAUUGAAGUCAAUGGAGGAUAAGGGAACAGAUGGCUCGCCAAAAUUUUGCGGGAAUUUGUUGGUUCGGCGAACGAAGCGAACAAGUUUUCUAAAUAAGACUGCUUUCAAGAGUGUUUUUGGCGUCUUAAACGACAGAGAAUUUGAAUAUUAUACCAGCUCCAAGCCUUGGACAAAGAACGAGAACCCGGUGCUGUCAAUCAAAGUCCGUGACAUCCAAUGCGUGGAAACCGUGGAUGACGUCGCAUUUAGCAGACCUUUCUGUUUCCAGGUGACGUAUGCCAGUCACGUGAGAGAUGAGUCUCCUAGGACGCUGUACCUGGCUGCACACGAGGCAGACGAGUUGGAGUCUUGGCUAGCAAAUCUUAGAGCAGUUUGCGCGAACAAUCCAGUCUGUCUAGCGUAUUUCCACCCAGGGAGAUUUACGGGUAAAGCCUGGACGUGCUGCACCGCUGCGAGACUGAAGGAAGGUCCCGGAUGUAGAUCUUGCACUAUAACAGGAGUACCAAAUAGAAGGAAACCAAAGUUUCAGUUUUCAGCUGCUAUUGAGUUUAAUGGUUUUCUGGUCGUUGCGGACGAGUCCUUCGACUCCAAUCUCCCUGGUAGCUUACCCUUUAAAGAGGGGGAUCUUUUGACGAUAACCGAUGCUACUGGGAAGCAGGAAUGGCGUGCCUUCUCAGGAUCUUCGACAAGUGACUACGGUUCCGUACCCAAAGACGCUGUGUCGAUGUGUGAUGUUACGAUGGAACCAUGGUUCUUUGGAGAAAUACCAACAGGCAUAGCUGUCGCAGUCCUUCGAGAACAGGCUCCUGGGUGUUUCAUGCUUCGUCGACUGUCCGACUCUAUCAUUCUGUCAUUCAGAGCCGAGCUGACAGUUAAGCAUGUCCAGGUGGUACUUGAUGAAUCCUCGCAGAAUUAUCGCAUCAAGGACGAGUCGGACUCAGUGUCUUACGCGAACUUUCUGCAGUUUGAGACCAUACAGCAGCUAGUUGACCAGUAUAGGCAUAACCCAUCCUUGGGUGUCAAGUUGGAUAAAUACCCAACAGUACAGAACAUAGAAGAAAUCUGGAGAGUUGACUCCAAUGACGUCACUAAUGGAGACGAGAUCGUUUCUACCUUGCCAUGGGCUAUUUCUCAUGGCAAAUUCCGUGACAAGCACAGUCUUUUACAUACUCUAAGGGACAACUCCUCAAACGAUGUAAAGGAAAAAUUCAUAAACCACGCGAGGAUUCUCAUGACGUUAAACCACGAGAAUGUCGUCCAUCUCCAUGGUCUCUGUAUGAAGAACUCUCGCCUGCUUGUCAUCCAGAGCUACCUGCCAAAAGGCAAUCUCUCAAGCUAUCUGUCCAGGAACGCCUCUCUUCUUCUGCUUCACCCAAGUGAGAUGGUCAACAUUGCCAGACAGGUGUUAACUGGUAUGGCAUACCUUGAGGAAUCUGGUAUCGUGCAUGGGGAGCUGGUUGCAGAAAAUUGCCUCGUCGGGGACAACGGAAGGGUCAAAAUUUCCGGAUUCCACUGUGCAAGAUCUUCCUGGUGUUGCGACCCACUGAACGAUGAUGACUAUGUGACAAGGGUCGCUAUAACACCACCUGAAGUCAAAUACCAGGAACCAUCUAGCCAAUCAGAUAUCUGGGCGUACGGGCUGUUAGUUUAUACGAUUAUAACAGCAGGACAAAAGCCUACCAGGGACCUUCGUGAGGUGUUGCGGUUGGAAGGUGUGGAAGGUAUUCUUGACCAACUGGAAGGAAUAACUGAUGUCAUGACACUUUGCCUGAGGACGGACCCUGCGGCACGUCCAACCUUCUCCCAGCUACAUCAGCGAUCGUGUAAUCGCGGGCGCAUUCAGUCGACACCAAGUGUGUCGUCAUCUUGUACACCGGAAGAUUCAUUAUCAUUGAGCAACGGACUCAUCACCAACGGAGUAUCUUCAAGCGACACCCCAGUUAUCCCUCGACAAACAAGAGAAGCCAUCACUUCUCCGGAAUUAAUUGAGCUAGAAGAGUUCCUACCCCCUAACUGGAGAAAAUCGCUUACAGAAAGCAUCGUAUGCAAAAUGAAUAGCGGUAUAGAAAACGAUAAUAUUUUAGAGAGCCUUAAAAUGGCCGAAUUUGCUGCGCUGAAGGCAAAAGCGUUACAAAAACGCGCUGAAGCUGAAAAGGAACAAGUCCUUACUAACGUUGGAGUAGCAGAAUUGAAGUGCUUGAGAGAAGUAGAGUUUAUAACCAAAACAUUAGUGGCACGUCUUACCGAAGCUCAUGACCGUGCAGAAGAGGCGGAACAUUCAAGAUAUUCAGCAGAAGAAAUGAAAAGAUCGACCGAGGAGAAGUUUACCUUGUAUAAAUACGAAACCGAGCGUAAACUUCAUGAUAUGAAAGUGUCAUUAGAUGAGGUCACGCUUGAAAGAGAUGAAUUUAUGAGUUCACUAAGGGCGUUAGGUAUAGAAGAAGGAACAGACGAAAGACGAAGUGAUUCAGGUUCUAGAAGAAACUCACUCCAACGACUAGAUGACAAAUACCAGAGGUACAUCGCAACUAGUGAUCGCACAAUUCAGAACAUGAAAUACCAGCUAAAUGAAGUAUCCAAUCAAAGGGAUGCUAUCAUAGAAGAGCGCGAUUAUGCGCUAUUGGACGCCAAGGAGGCAAGGGAAUUGCUCGAAGAGGUCUUAAAAGAAAAGGAAGAUCUAGGAUUCCGGUUAGAAGAAUCAAAUUGCGAAAUUGAGAGACUAGAGGAGACAAUAUCCAUGAUGAUGCAGAAGAGACAGAAGGCGGAACGUGAGAGGGACCAGCUGCAGAUCCUGACAGACUUAUCCCUCAUGAAACUCCGCCAGGCGGAGAAACCAAAAAAACGUCACUCCGUGUCGGGAUUAUCUUCCCCAAGGGAUGAUCGGGAAAGGGAAUGGCGCGAGAGGCGUGAUCCGAACUUGAGGCGACUCUCCAUGCAGCUGAUGAACUUGAUGACUCCAACCUCCUCGCAGCGUCGUGACAGUACUGACACGAUUUACGAAACUAGCGAGGUGUCUUCGUCAGACGAGGCCGCAUUUUCGAGUCGAGCUGGGUCCGAAGACGAAGGAAGGGCAUACUUUGGAAUGAGCCGAGGAAGAAGACACGGUCGUGCGGGGAAGUCACCUCUCUCGCAACUUAAAGAAAUCACAAUUCACGAGCGAUCAACAAGCCCACGUAGCUCAGAUAAUGAGUCAGAUAUGACAAAAUCUACAGAUGUACUCAAUGGUGGAUUCUCAGAUAGCGAAGAGCAGAAAGAAAAAUCAGAAAGUGAGCAAGAGGAUGAUACAGAUUCUAUUCCGAGAUUGAGGUUCCGAGCGAAUGAAACCAAGAGCUCAUCAGUUUCUCAAAGCAUGCAAAAUAAGAAAAUGUACCGAACAGAAACUAAUACCCCACCUGUAGCACAUAGCUCGCCGAAUGAGGGGGGAUCUCAGUUGGACCAGGAUACGAGCAAUAGUACUCCAAUCGACGAUUUGUCUGAGAAUGACGUUGACCCGUCAAACACAGGUCACGGCAGCGAUGCCGAGCAUUGUACUCAACGAAAAGAGAGCAAUACAAUAAUAACGGAUACAGACAUGAAAAAUGAGCUUACGCAAAUGGGGCAUAAGCCUCUCGCAAGAACAUGUUACGGUAUUCGGGGAACUGAAUUUGUCAUAAAACACAAACACCUGACCGCUUCCAAGAGUGAACUUCCAAGAAGUGAACCUGCAGUAGAGGAACACAAGCCUUUAGCUUUAAGUUCAUCGCUGCCUUUCCCGAUCCCAACCCUACGAAUUGAAGAGGUGAACGAUGAUGCAGUGGAAGUUGUACAAGUCGAGGGUGUUCCACAAAUCGCUAUCUCACUAAUAGACGAGAAUGAUAAUCUGAAUGAAAAGUUGGUUGAUGGCCAAGAAGAACGAUCGUUUGUCGUGGGUACCACAGCAGCCUCGCACGAAAUCAAUACGCGAAUGGUGUAUAGCUUUGAUGACGACGCUGGCUCAGUCAAGCGUGUACCACAAACCACACUAUGAGGCAGAGUUCAGGUGUUUUCUGAAAGCUUUUAGUGUCUCUAAAAGGGUUUUACACGUUAAACAUACAAUUAAUAAGACGAUUUGCCACAACUAUAAAGAGAUCACUUGACCUUCCAGUUCACACAUUUGUUUUGCAAAAUUACAAACACAGCGAUACCCUUUCAAAAUCCUGACAAGAAAGAUCUGUACACCUGCUGUUAUAUUCUUAUGAGAAAUUCCAGUUCACGAGUUGUCAUUAAAAAGGACUUCAGUUUCGGUUCA